AAUAGUUGAGCAGCCGGCGGGACCCAGGUAGUGAAACUGGGGCGGUGGAAGAGCUCGAGCGCGGGAGUUGGACGGCGGAGCCAUGGUCGGCCACUUGAGCGAGGGGGCCAUUGCGGCCAUAAUGCAACAGGGAGAUACAUCCAUAAAACCCAUCCUCCAAGUCAUUAAUAUCCGUCCUAUUACUACAGGGAAUAGUCCACCCCGUUAUCGACUGCUUAUGAGUGAUGGAUUGAACACUCUAUCCUCUUUCAUGUUGGCAACCCAGUUGAACCCUCUUGUUGAGGAACAACGAUUGUCCAGCAACUGUAUUUGCCAGAUUAACCGAUUUAUUGUUAACACUCUGAAAGAUGGACGGAGAGUAGUUAUUUUGAUGGAUUUAGAAGUUUUGAAGUCAGCUGAAGCAGUUGGAAUAAAGAUUGGCAAUCCAGUGCCCUAUAAUGAAGGUCAUGGGCAGCAGCAAGUAGUUCCUUCUCCAGGCUCAGCAGCCAGUCCACCAGCCAGCAAGCCCCAGCAACAGAAUGGGAGCUCGGGAAUGGGUUCCACUGUAUCCAAGACUUUUGGUGCUCCAAAGAUAUUUGGAAAACCUGGUGGGACUGGACCAUCACAGCCUGCUGGGACACAGUUCAAAGUGGUACCAAUCGCCAGCCUUACCCCUUACCAGUCCAAGUGGACUAUUUGUGCUCGGAUCACCAACAAAAGUCAGGUCCGUACCUGGAGCAAUUCCCGAGGGGAAGGGAAGCUUUUCUCUAUAGAACUCGUUGAUGAAAGUGGUGAAAUCAGAGCUACAGCUUUCAAUGAGCAAGUGGACAAGUUCUUCCCUCUUAUUGAAGUGAACAAGGUGUAUUAUUUCUCAAAAGGUACCCUGAAGAUUGCUAACAAACAGUUCUCAGCUGUUAAAAAUGACUAUGAGAUGACCUUCAAUAAUGAGACUUCUGUCCUGCCAUGUGAAGAUGGUCAUCAUUUACCUUCAGUUCAGUUUGAUUUCACGGGGAUUGGCGACCUAGAGAACAAGUCUAAAGACUCGCUUGUAGACAUAAUUGGGAUCUGCAAGAGCUAUGAAGAUGUCACCAAAAUCACAGUGAAGUCUAACAACAGAGAAGUCGCUAAGAGAAAUAUAUAUUUGAUGGACAUGUCAGGGAAAGUGGUGACUGCUACUUUAUGGGGAGAUGAUGCUGACAAGUUUGAUGGUUCUAGACAGCCUGUGAUGGCCAUCAAAGGAGCCAGGGUUUCUGAUUUUGGUGGACGGAGUCUCUCAGUCCUGUCUUCCAGUACUAUCAUUGUUAAUCCUGACAUUCCAGAGGCCUAUAAGCUUCGCGGAUGGUUUGACUCAGAAGGACAAGCCUUAGAUGGUGUUUCCAUCUCUGAUAUAAGGAGUGGAGGAAUAGGAGGGAGCAACACCAACUGGAAAACUUUAUAUGAGGUUAAAUCGGAGAACCUGGGCCAGGGCGACAAGGCGGACUACUUCAGCUCUGUGGCAACAGUGGUGUAUCUUCGCAAAGAGAACUGUAUGUACCAGGCUUGCCCAACUCAGGACUGCAAUAAGAAAGUGAUUGACCAGCAGAAUGGAUUAUACCGCUGUGAGAAGUGCGACCGUGAAUUUCCUAAUUUCAAGUACCGCAUGAUCUUGUCAGCAAAUAUUGCAGAUUUUCAAGAGAAUCAGUGGGUAACUUGUUUCCAGGAGUCUGCGGAAGCCAUCCUUGGACAGAACACCGCGUAUCUUGGGGAGUUAAAAGAGAAGAACGAGCAGGCAUUUGAAGAAGUCUUCCAGAAUGCCAACUUUCGAUCUUUCAUGUUCAGAAUCAGGGUCAAACUGGAGACCUAUAAUGAUGAGUCUCGUAUUAAGGCCACCGUGAUGGACGUGAAGCCCGUGGACUACAGAGACUAUGGCAGAAGGCUGAUCAUGAAUAUCAGGAGGAACGCCACGAUGUGAGGAGAACGUGCUGAUUGGACAGAAGUUUGAAAAUAGCUGAGACAGAAUCUGUGUCCCACCCCACAUGACAUCCCACACCAAGCUACACAUUUGCGGAGCCUCUGUGGUGGACUGGCAGUUCCCUUUGCACCUCUUGGGACCCAUUGGUAGACCAAGGACCAUGUGCCCAGAUGGCUGUGGUAUAAACUGUCAGACCCAGGGGUCAGCUGGCAGGUAGCCUAGCCCCAGUCCCUCCCUCUGUCUUCAGGCUUUUGUCACAUUUAUUAAGAUUUUGCUAUCUUCGAACAGGAAUUAUGUCACAAGUAAUUAACCCUAACUCUGCAGAUAUGAAGUAAAUUAUGUAAGUCAGGUUUUGCUACUCCAGUGGUGACACCUAUACAUCUGGGUUCCUGGGAAGUGGUGGUAGGGAACCCAGGAGUUCAGUGUAUCUUCCUGGAAUUCAAAGGCGCUCUCUUUCUCGGGGUACCACGUGCUUGUUAAUGCUUGGAAUGGCAAUAGAGUAGAAUUAUUAAUCAAAGGCCUAGCUUUUAUAUCUGAAGACUACUCUUCCUUCAGGGUUUAAUAGAUUUAAUAGACUGAGUCAGAUGGGUCUGAUAGUAAUCAAAAUUGUCUCUUCUGAGGAUGGCCGAUAAACAUUGACUUGCUGUCCCCCGGGGACAUCCAGGCAACUACAAAGUGCUGCUUGAGUUUUCACUUCAGUUAAUGUUGUAUUUUGGUUGGCGAGUGCACACUUUUUGUACCUGUACAUAUUUCUUGUAUUUGUUUGUUUCAUUUCUUGAUUAAAGAAUGUUAAGCAGAAAGGAUUUUGGAGGAAGCCCCGUUUUCCUUGCUUUGUUUUAAUAAACAGUAUAUCCUUUGCUCCUGAAUCCUACUUUCUUUGAAUGAAUGCAAAGGGUUCUUGCAACUGGAAAGCAAUUAAUUAGCCUUCAUAAUAAAUGUCCACUUGGGAGAGAUAUUAACUCAUUACAAACUCGAAGAUUAGUCCAAAGCCUGGAGAUCAUUCUGACUAAUGUUUGCAACCCUGAAAUGCAUCUUUAAAAGAACAAAAACACAAAAAAGAAAAAGCCAUUGUGCCCAAGAAUGCUGAUGAUCUGGCACUUUGGGAUUUUAUUGAUGUCUACACAGCAGUCUUAACACCAACCAGGCUUUGAAAUGUGUGCAGACAGUGAUCGAGUAAGAAAACAAUAAUUAUGUUACUGGGCUUUCCAGUCAGCAAGUGCUUGCUUGCUCUGUGUGUUCCUGCUCAUAUUAAUUACUUGCCGGGUUGCUGCAACCCACCGCUAGCUCGGCGUCGGCUGCACUGCUCUCCAAGCGUCUAGGCAGUGUUGCAGUUUCCUGCAGCCGCAGGCCUGCUUUGUGGACUGACGACCAGUGACUGUUUCAUCUUUAGCUGUUUUGAGACAGGAUCUCACUUUGUUACCAGGCUGACCUCAAACUCAGGAUCAUCUUGCCUCAAUGCUACUAAGUGCGGGAAUUUAUGUACCACCACUGUCCAGUUUUGGGAGGAAACAGCCAAGAAAGGGGUGGCCCAUUGCUGAGAACAGACACACAUGGAAGGACUUCCUUUCUGGCCCACUGGUAAUGGAGACAGUCUUCCUUACCCUUCCCUAGCCUCAGCAGAUAGGAAUAGAGUUGUGCUUGGUUCUCUGGCUGAAUCUGCAACAAUUUUUAUGGAAGCUCUUUGCUGUCUGACCUUGCUUAUAAAGCAUUGACUAGAAAAUUACAGUCUUCAACACUGUUCUGGAUUGACAAAUUGUGGGGUGAAGAUGGUAAUCUAGCUUUCAAUCCAGUAACCAGUCUUUUAUAUCUCCUACUCCCAGCAUUCCCUCCUCUUCCCAGCACCAGGCCUGUCCUCCCAGGGAGGAGGAUCGACUAGCCAGACCAGGACCGAACACCGGGCCAGUCCCCGUGGUUUCUCGGUGGCCCUUGUGAUAAAACCAGCACACGUCCCUGGAUGUGACUCGAAAUCCAGAGCAGGAGGGAGGGGCUCCCUGGAGGGAGGAUGCUUAACAGGUUCCCUACUAAAAGAUCAGAUCACCAUCAGAGCAGCCUCUGAAGUUGGCUCCACUGUUAGGCUUUUAAGACAUUCAGGUCCCAGAGGAUUGCCCAAGUGGAUUCUGGCCCACAGUUCUUAGAAUUCUCUUGGAUAUAGUUUACCUCGAGAGGCCGUUCAUGUUGUUCUAUUUCUCAUCUUUCACUUAGAGAGCAAUGUGGAUUUUGCAUACACCAUGACAUCAGUGUUAAGCAAUUAGGGAAAAAAAUCUAAUCAUUUUGCCUUUAGUUUAAAUGGUUCUUGAAUUCCCUCCAGUCUCAUUGUCAAAGAGGCAAGAAAAAAAUAAGGUAAUAAUCUGAUUUCUGUCCAUAUUUUCAGUGUUUUAUGCUUUU